AUGUCUUGGGCUCCAGAGUGGAAGAGGGUGGAGUCUAAUCCAAGAGAUCCUGGAGGCAGCUGGGAUAAUAGGGGUGGCCGUGACUAUGGCUGGAGUAGUCUCUCAGACCAUCUGGGGCCUAGGGCCACAGGAUCACGUGAACCACCACUCUGUUUUAGCUUGAACAACAAUAUGGUUGGUGUAGUAAUUGGUCGCGGUGGAUCAAAAAUAAAAGAUAUACAACAUUUAACAAACACUAAGAUACAGAUCAUAAAGGGGGAUUCUGAAGCAGAGGUAAAAAUUUUUGGUAGCCAUGGCAUGAAAGCAAAGGCAAAAGAAGCCAUAGAAACUCUUCUUAAAAAACAACAAAGCUACACUUCAAAAUAUGCUGAUAAUGCCCCAUUCCAAUCUCCUGAUAAUAAUGCUGCAUCCCAACUCCCUUCUGAAAGCAGUUUAAGCACAAAUUACACCGGCAGAAGGGCUCAACCACUGUUAGAUUGGGACCAAAUCCGGGCAGAAUCUAUGAAAUGGGAAAAAAUAAAAUGGGCAGAUUUACCACCAAUUAAGAAAGAUUUUUACAUAGAAUCCAAAGAAACAAGCUUGAUGUCUGAAGCUGAGGUGGAUAACUGGAGAAAGGAAAAUUUCAACAUAAUAUGUGUUGACUUGAAAAUUGCUGAGAAACGCAUCAUCCCUAAUCCAACUUGUAAAUUUAAAGAUAUGUUCCAGCAAUAUCCUGAACUGCUGAGAAACAUAACAAUGGCUGGCUUCCAAAAGCCAACACCAAUUCAGUCACAAGCAUGGCCAAUUAUUCUACAAGGACUAGAUCUUAUAGGAGUGGCCCAAACUGGAACAGGCAAAACAUUGGCCUAUUUAAUGCCUGGGUUUAUUCAUCUCAGUUCUCAACCAGUACCUAAAGAACAAAGGAAUGGACCGGGCAUGCUAGUUCUUACACCAACUAGAGAAUUAGCUCUUCAGGUGAACUCUGAAUGUUCAAAGUAUUCAUAUGAAGGUCUUAAAAGUGUAUGUAUAUAUGGUGGUGGAAACAGAAAGGAGCAAAUACAAGCUAUUACAGAAGGUGUAGAUAUCAUUAUUGCAACUCCAGGAAGACUAAAUGAUCUGCAAAUGAAUAAUUUUGUCAACCUAAGAAGUAUAACCUACUUGGUCUUGGAUGAGGCAGACAAAAUGUUGGAUCUAGGGUUUGAACACCAGAUAAUGAAGAUUUUACUAGAUGUGCGCCCAGACCGACAGACAAUUAUGACAAGUGCAACUUGGCCAGAUACUGUGCGUCGACUUGCACAUUCUUAUUUGAAAGAGCCUAUGAUUGUUUAUGUGGGUACUCUAGAUCUGGCUGCUGUACAUACAGUGAAGCAAAAUGUAAUUGUUACCACAGAAGAAGAAAAACGAGCUCUUAUCCAAGAAUUCAUAAAAAACAUGUCACCCCAAGAUAAAGUCAUAGUGUUUGUCAGCAAAAAACUUAUUGCUGAUGACCUAUCAAGUGAUUUAAGCAUCCAAGGCAUACCUAUACAAUUACUGCAUGGUGACAGAGAUCAGAGUGAUCGAGAACAAGCAUUAGAGGACUUCAGAACUGGAAGAGUGAAGAUACUGAUUGCAACUGAUUUAGCAUCUCGAGGACUUGAUGUUGAUGACAUCACACAUGUAUAUAAUUACGAUUUCCCACGGAAUAUUGAAGAAUAUGUGCACAGAGUAGGACGUACUGGAAGAGCAGGGAAGACUGGUAUUUCGAUAACCCUUUUCACUAAAAGUGAUUCAAAGACUGCCAAUGAAUUAAUUAAAAUUCUAAAAAGAGCAAGUCAGAGUAUCCCAGAAGAUCUUGCAACCAUGGCAGAAGAAUACCAACUUCAUGAACAAAAAAAAGACACAGAAAGAAGAUCAAGAAAGUAUCAAGGAAAAUCCAAGAAGUUUUAUUAA